AUGUGGGCAUAUAAAAAGAACGAAAAAUACUUCUUACGAGCCAACAGCCCUCAGACCCACCCUUCUCAGUUCUCAGUGGUCUGCCGGCGGCUUCCCCUCGUUGGUGCUUUUUGUGUGCUUAGUUUCGGUCUUUCCAAUCUCUGCUCUAUUACUCUAUCCCCUAGAACAGGGUGUGCUCACUCUCUCCCUUUUGUUCCUCUUUUACGGUCAAGGUUUGGUCAACAAGCUCGAAUAAAUAAAGUCUAUAGCACAAGGAUGGAAGCUGACAAGAUCACAGUGCCCAGCAUUGUUGUUUAUGUUACUGUUCCAAAUAAGGAAGCAGGGAAAAAACUUGCCGAAAGCAUAGUCAAGGAACGUCUUGCAGCCUGUGUUAAUCGAGUACCAGGUGUUGAAUCAGUUUAUGAGUGGAAGGGAGAGAUACAAACUGAUUCUGAAGAGUUGCUUAUAAUCAAGACCCGGGAGUCUCUUCUAGAAGCAUUAACAGCACAUGUGAAAAACAAUCAUGAAUAUGAGGUUCCUGAGGUGAUUGCGUUGCCUAUAACUGGUGGCAAUUUACAGUACUUGGAGUGGAUUAAGAACAGUACAAGGGACUAA